UUUUACAUAUGCUUUGAAAUAUCUAUUACAUUGCAAGUUCUGUUAUAAAUAUAUGUAUAAAACACCAUUUCAUAGGGCCUUUUCAAGUGAAUUAACACAUUUAGCAGAUAAAACCUCACUUCCCAUAUGAAAAUGUGAGCCAAUAACAGUCUAUUCUUUUGGUGGGUAACCAUAGCAACUCCAAUUGCAAUUUAGUUUUGCUGGCAGGAUGUAUACUUGCAUGGCAACUGCAGCAGGGUUCUGUGGCUAAGGGUUCAGCACAAAUGUGUAACUGUUACACAUCUAAGAAUGUUAAUUAAGGGGAAGGGGGCCUGGACCACAGGGUCUGCUUGCUCAAUACCAGUAGAGAAAUCCCCCUCUCAAGUGGCCAGGCUGGAAGUUCCAGGAGUGAACAGGUAGGCAUAAAGAUUCAUGCCUGGCCCCUCUCUCUGGGGGUUUGGCAACCUGUAGUUACGCCACCGCAUUAAAUUAUACUUUUUAUUCACAGUCUGUUGGUUCUUGUUUUAGCCCUUCAACUUCCUAUGAAGGGUACUGGGAGUUCAUUUGUAUGCCACUGAUACAUGAAAUAUGUUACAUCUUAAAUUGUAACCACAUGGGUAGUUUGUCACCAACUCCAACUUACAGAAUAACGAGAGAAAGUGCAAUUCUAUUAUGAAGUCAAAGAUAGGAAAUGAGUCAGUAAUCUUUUUUAUCUAGAUCAGAAAUAACGCCAAAGCUGAAACUUGUUAAUGUGCCUAUUUCCAUACAUGCAUUCCAGUGGAAUGCUUAAAUCCUAGUCAUUUCCUGCCAUGUAUUUGCAUAUCUGUUGAUGGGCAGCCUUACAUCUGUAACUAUCACCCUGCAUUUCAGGAAGGCCAAGUGUGCCACUUAUUGGGCAUUAAACACCUCUUUAUCUCAAGAGUCCAGUCCUCAAAGAGCCCUUUCAGGUAAAAAUAUCCAUAGUGUAUCCUGCUACCAGUAUAAAAAUAGAAAUAAAAUGAUUUUCUGUUCAGCAGACUGGGCACUACAGUGUAAGGCAAUGUUCAGUACUCUUUGCCGGCAGAUAAGGGUUAAGAAGGCAUCUCCAUGCAAGCUUUUGGCUACUGCAGAAGUGGGUCAGUGUGGUUGCCAUGGAGACGCUUUAGCAACCAAUCUUGCAACCUCUCUCUGUCUCUCGGCAGAAGCCCUUCAAGAUUGAAAGCAUCUUCAUCUUCAUCUUCCGUCUCUACAUCCUUUUUACUCUCUGUCUCACUGUUUCAGUCUCUGCUGUGGUGCCAGUGGCCGGCCCUGCUCCAUGCUGCACCCCUCCUUCCAUGCUCACAGCAGCCCUGCUUCUGGUCGCUGGGGAAAGGGGAGAGGGAGGGAGAGAGGCAAAGUUGGGGGAUCUCUUUGCCUUUUUCUUCAGUCAGUUCUUCUCCACGCCUCCCUGGCACCAGGAUUCUGCACACCAGCUGAUCACUUAUCCCUACAAUGUUCAACGGGGAGACCAGUUCUUCAGUCAGGAAUGUCAUCAGGAGUUCCAGUAUCAGUGGAGAGAUGUACAACCCGGAGAAGGGCAACUCGGCAAAUCCGGAUGCUGCCGGUGUUACCACUACCAAGAAGAGAAGGUCCAGCCUGGGAGCCAAGAUGGUGGCAAUUGUUGGACUGUCACAAUGGAGCAAAAGCACCCUGCAGCUGAACCAACCUGAUGGUACCACCAAGAAACUGCGUAGUAAUAUUCGGCGCAGCACAGAGACAGGAAUUGCCGUGGAGAUGAGGAAUCGGGUCACCAGACAAGGAAGUAGGGAGUCCACAGAUGGCAGCACCAAUAGCAACAGCUCUGAUGGCACAUUUAUAUUCCCCACUACUCGGUUGGGAGCUGAAAGCCAGUUUAGCAAUUUCCUUGAUGGUCUAGGACCUGCACAGAUUGUGGGAAGACAAACACUGGCUACACCCCCCAUGGGGGAUGUUCACAUUGGUAUAGUAGACAGAAAUGGACAGCUGGAGGUGGUGGUAAUACAGGCCCGAGGUCUGACUCCAAAGCCAGGCUCCAAAUCUAUACCAGCUCCAUAUAUUAAGGUGUACCUGAUAGACAACGGAGUCUGCCUUGCCAAGAAAAAGACAAGGACUGCAAAGAAAACUUGGGACCCUGUAUAUCAACAGGCUCUUUUGUUUGAUGAAGGGCCACAGGGCAAGGUCGUACAGGUAAUAGUUUGGGGAGACUACGGUCGCAUGGAUCACAAAUGUUUCAUGGGGAUGGCACAGAUCCUUUUGGAGGAGCUUGAUCUUAGUUCCUGUGUAACAGGAUGGUACAAACUCUUUCCUACUUCUUCUCUGGCAGACUCAAGCAUUGGUCCCCUCACCCGCCGACUCUCCCAGUCCUCCCUUGAGAGUUCCACCAGCCCAUCCUGCACUUAAUCAGUGGAAGACAACCUAUUUAUACUACCUUCCCCCCUUUAUCCCACAGCCUAGACGAUCACUGUCUCAUCCUCGUCACAAAACUGAGGCUUGGAUGAAAUAAAAAUCAAUGUACCAGUCCAGUGCUGUGGGAAAGAACUUGAAAAUCAGCAGGCUAGCAUUGGCAUGUGGAGCCCAGCUCCACUGCUACUGCACAUAUAAAUUAACAUGCAACUUUAGAGACUGUUAUAACAAAUUAUAUGGGAAAAGAUUUAUAGAAUAAAACAUACUUGGACAAUUCAAUCAUAAAAUAACUGAUGAAACAGUUCCCUAUUAAUUUGUUUCAUAGGGCAGUGGUUGUUUAAUUCAGUUGUUCAUGGCAACCACUGUUAACCACUGUUAACUUGUGAUAUACAACCAACAUAGAUUCUCCAAAUCGAAGACAUUCAACACGUCACUUUUCUUCUACAAGAGAAAAAAAGCACACUUAUAGCAGUGACAAGCACACAAAUGCUAACUCAUAUUAAAUAACUGCACAUAUAUUUACCCACAGUAACUGCAGGUGCCUGCUUGUUCUUUUUCCUAGCAAGUCAGUGCUCCGCUGUGACUGUUUUUUUAUUUUUUGACCCAUGUUCUCACCUCUUCUGCUUCUAACAAAUUCCUUCUCAUAUUGAAAAAAUAGAGCCAGACUGUACAAAUCUAGCAUCUAUGAUACUUUCCACUUUUUAUUUAAAUCAAUAUAAAACAAUAGAUAUGUAUGCAGUUACCUAGUUACACAAGAGAGUACUAUUUUUUCAGGUUCGGAUAUUUCUUUUUAAAAUGGAAUGUAACAUUUUCAGUGUGCAAUCAUAACUCUGACAAUGCACAUAAAGAGGUGAGGAAAGGAAGCAUUUAACUUAUCUACACCUUUCUUUUCAGCACUGAUAAGCAAUCUUGUUUUUGAUAUAGACAUAUAAAUGCAUGCUGCUUCUUGAGUGAAUUCAGAACACAUCCAAAUCACGUAUGUAACUCCAAGUGCAUUAAUUAUAAUUAGCUGCACUGAAUAUUUUAAUACUUUAGUGCCACAAGGAACUUCAGAUUGAUUGUGUCUUUCACAGUUACCCAGCACCAAAGGAUUGUAUAAAAUUAGCAACACAUUUUACUACUAAAACAUUA